UGACGUUUCACGAACGUAAACUUUACGCGCUAAAUUCUUCUUGUGUCUCCUGUUUUUGUUAAACAACUAAGCACGUUUGAAUUACUAGGCUUCGUUUUGUUUAGACGCAAUGAGUAAAAAGGGUAACGUAUCUUGGGUAAAGCCAGCGGAACCAUCUUUUCUGAAGAAGUUUAAGAAGGAUGUUGGUUUUAAAGAGGGGCCUACAGUGGAGACCAAAAGGCUGGAGAUGCCGCAGUGUGAUGAUGAUAGUGGUGACAGCGAUCGGGAAGAUGAGAUGCCGCAGGUCGUGCAGCUGAAAAAGGGAGAUCUCAGUGCUGAGGAUGUUAUGAAGAUCAGCAACGAGAAGACGACUUCAAAUACAGAUGAGCAGCCUCCUGCGGAUGGAAAGAUUGUCUUCAAGAAACCUGUCAAACGCUCGUCUGAUAAAUUUGAAGGCAUUACUGCCAGCUCUAGCAAGAAAAAGAAAAGUGGUGAUGCAGAAAAGAAAGAGUUAAAGGCAGUUGUGAAAGUGAAGAACAACAGUCUACUGUCGUUUGGUGGCGAUGAGGAUGACGAGGACUAGUUUGUUUGAGAUUCAGCUCAAAUACAUUUCUGGAACUGGUCCUUUAAAGCUCCUGAUCUCCAGUUGAAAAAAAAAUCUUGUGUGUAAAAUAGAUGUUUCGUGAGAGUGAAUAUUUCAUGUAGCUUCAUUUAUAAUGUAAUUUUGUAAAGCAUCAUUAUGGGCCUCUGCAGGAGCAUCCCUACCAACAGACAGUGGAAAGAAAUGAUAUCGUUUCUGUUCUGAAUGACCUGAUGGUUACUAAUGACACUUUGGAAAUAAUUUGAUGGACCAGUGGAAUGAAUAAUAAUAAGAAAAUCGUGAUAAAACGAGGCAAAGAGAAAUGCAAAUAAGAUGGAACUUCCUGUUCAAGCCCAUUCGAUGUACAUAUAUGGCUUCUACGAAGGAGCUGUGCAUGUUUUAUUUUCUUUGAUGUUUUAGGCUUUGUAUUUUAUCUUCCCAGAUUAUGGGACUUCAAGAAUUUUAUUACACAUUUUCUCAUAGGAAAGACAAAUGUAUGUUUGCUGGAAUUAAAGGUUUCACAUGAACUUAAAAUGAAUCGCUUGUUUUUCCUUGUUGAAUAAAUGCAUCUGCUACAAAGUGUAAAUUAUGUAGUUACAUGCCAAAAGGAAUGUCAUUAAAAAUACAA